GCUUUUAAUCUUUUGUCACAUCCUUUGUUGAGUUUCCCAUUGUAUUCUAACAAUCUAACAACUAUUUAACUAUUUACAUACUAUUUUGCCAGUCCACCGAGAUAAAUUCCAGUGUAUCAAUAAGCUAAGAGGCAAAAAAGGAAGUUCUUUAAGAGUGAGUAUGGAAAAGAAGCAUAGCUGUGGUGGAAACUCAAGAAAUAAGUGUAAUUUUUUUUUGGUGAAUAUUUGCUUGCCAAUGCCUAUUAAAUAAUUUAAUGAAAUUAUUUAUGAUCAAUGAAAAAAUGUUAGCAACUUCUGCUGUUUGUAUCACCAGAGGGUAACUCUUAAAUCUAUUUAAGAGGUAUCUAGAUAAUUUACUAUGAUACUGUUCUGAUAAAUUUGCUCAAUAAAAGUACCUCCAUUUUUAAUGAUGGAAUCAGUCCAUCUUGCCAUAAUUAUAUUUUUGUAUUAUAAAAUCUAUAUUCAUUUACUCACUUUUCAAGAUUCUGUAUAAUCAGAAACUGAAAAUAGAUAUGUUUUAAACAUGCCGUGCAUACACAAAACAAGCAAGUUUUGCCUUGCUUUUUAAGGAAACUGUUGGAGGUACUGUAAGGUAUGUAUAAGAUGCAACAGUACUGUGAGUUUUUUCCAAAACUGUCAUAUUGUAUUUCAGGCUUUGCUGAAACGCUUGUGUAUAGUGACUUUGUUACUGACAUUUCAGUGGGAAGAAGGAUGCAGUUUGCAUACCUUUGUGUACUUAAGCACUACCUUAUUAUGUGUUGACUGAUUUGGAAAGCUGUGUGGUUUUUAAGUUCCUGCUCAAAUUUGAGUGCUGGCAAUACAGUCGGAUGCAGAGCAUAUGCAUUCCUUUGGCAUUAGUUAUCCAGGUGCAGCUUCUUAAUGUGACCAAGUACUUUUUGCUUUUGAAGACUGACUCCUGAAUUCUUGUUACUUUAACAAGUGAUGUCCUACAAAGUAUUUUCAUGGUGGAAGCUGUAUGGAGUUGAUGUCAAAAUUUUGGGUGAUAGCUGUAUUCAAUAAUAUUUGUGAUUCUGUUUUUAGACACAACGGCUUGUGAUAGUUACUGAAUUUGUCUAGACUGAAUAAGUCUAGUAAUGACAGCAUGCUCUUUGCAUAAAUUCUAGGGUCCCCAACUUCUUUCUACUUGUUAUAUCUUGCAAAUCUUGAAAAGAUGUCUGAGUUAACUCAUUGUUCUGGACAAGGUUUCAUAGAUUUAUGGAUGUGGCUUCUGUAGACAGCUUCUGUCAUGCAAUUUCCCUCUCUUGUUUUUCUCUCUGUUUUUCUACCAAAACCAGUGUAAAGCUUUACUUGAAGAUACCGCAUAAAAACUUCUUCUAUUACUGGUUCUUGUGAUAGGUAGCAAUGUUCUUAGUGUUUCUGUUAAUCCAUCUGUUCACUUCUUAACACCUUUCAUUGGUACCUUUUUGUAAAUAUUCAGAGCUGUAUCAAUAGAACUUCUGAAAGUAGUGAAACUUUUAAGUAGGACAGAAGACAAAGCACUUCAAGUUCUGCAAAUGUUGUCUUCUGUAAUUUGUUCUUUAUUGACAGAGUCACCUCCAACUAAAGGAUGGUUGGAAAAUGUUUCAGAACACUACUGUUCAUUGCUGGGUUUUGUUUGUAGGUUGUCUCUAGCAACCAUCUGCCCAGGAGAUACGGGCUAUUGGGUGUUCCUGUAUUUCUGUAAUAUACAACUCUGCUUUGAGCUCCAAGAAAUGCUUAGAAAUAACUUCUAUCUUUUUUGAAUGCAACUGCUUUUCCAAAGGCUUUUGGAUCCCCUUCCUGUUGGUGUCCAAAGACAAUGCAUGUUUGUGUUCUGACAUUAGGCAACCUCAUUCAGAUUAUGAUUAAAGAUGAUUGUUAUCAUACUUGCUGUCCUACCAUGAGUGCUCAGUACGAGAUCCUCACUACCAGAUCCUCAGCAGGUUGUCAUUAUGUUGAGACUAGCUGACCUAACAGUGGACUGGAAUCUCAUUAGCACUCUUAUGAGUUGCGUACGGUUAUUGUCAAUCACUCCAGCAAGAUCUUUGUCUCUACUUAAUCUGUUUGUAUCUUGGUUUUCGUAUUUGCUAAUUUGUAUGAAUGACUUUAAUAUUACCUAGUUGUAUGAAUGUAUGAAUAAUUGAGAGAUGUGAUACAAAUAUCUCAGUAUCCUUAAGCACUACUGAAAGACAGUUCUUGGUUUGAAAAUCUGUGAUUUGAGAAUAAAAUAUGUUUCCUCAAAUGUGUUUUACAGUUUCAUCCAUUUGUUGAUCUAAGAGAUUUCUCUCAAUUUGGACUGAUAAUUCUUUUUAACGUGGCAUAAAGCAGCAUAGCUAACUGAUAAAUGUACAUCUUUCAGGUGAUAAAUUGGCAAAUAGCAUGAGACACUCAGUUAAUCACAUGCAAAGUUACAGAAGGCUACAGGCCUCUCAGAGGUUGGAUGUAGCAUUUAAGUUCUUUUUUUAGAUUCCUGAACAAGUUCCUGCAAAGGAGCCGCUGGAUCAAUGUGAAAUACUUAAAGUAAAGCUGUAUUGCUUUUUAUCACAUUAGGUAGCUGAGGUAUGUAGAUAAGUCUUGUGAAAAUGAGUAGCUGUAAAGGACAGCAUUGAAAAUGCCAUUGCUGGAUUUCUUUACAUUUAACUGAUACAGUUCAGGUCCCCUUUAAGAGGUUCGCAUUGGCAAUGCAAUUCCAUUAGCCAGAAAAUUAUUUCUGGGCUAGGUGUCACUUCGUGGAAGGUGGCUGUUAUGUCUCUGUUAUCCCUUGGCUACAUCACCAUGUUCUGAGGCCAGUUCUUCACAUCAUUCUCAUGUGUCUGCCUGUUGGAACAGUUACCUUAGGAGGAGACAGAGCAUUUUAAAGGUUUGCCAUGUUGAAAUUUGUGUGACAUGAGAGGUUAAGUUGAAGUGAUCUGAACAUAGAGAGUUAAAAAGUAAUAAUUACUCCAGACUCUUUAAGUCUGAACAUCAGUCUCUUUAUGUCAUCUCCAUUUAUUUUGCUUGCACCAAGUGCUAUGAAAAGUUUGACAAUUUUGCUAAUUUUGCUGAUGGAUACUAACUGUAUCUUUAACAGAGUCACAACCAGGGAGAAGGUAACUGAAAGAUGGAAAGCAGACUUCUAAUGAAGCCUUAAGCAGUGUUCUAAAAAUAUUUUUGUGAGUCUGAGUACCAGGGAUGGAAAGAAAGAGGUACGGGAAAUGAUGAGGACAAGCUGCUACAGGGAAUGCAAGAGCUUCAGGGAAGAAUCUGGCUAAAAGUGUAGAAAACACCUGUCGGAGUCAUGACUGCAGGACUGAAAGGGUUGAUGGAAUUAAACAAGACCAGAGUUGACAUUUACUUGAGUUUCAAAGACCUGGAAAGUCAGGAGAAAAUACAGAUAUUUCAUUUAUUAUUUUGAGAAAGAGAUUAGUGUUGGACGUCAGGGUGCAAAAAUUAGGGCAGAUGUAGAGACAUAUAAAUGUAUGUAGAAAGCAGGAUAAAAAGUCCAAAGCUACAGAAACAUAUUUAAAAGUUGGAGGCAGCAAAGUGGCAAAAAUUAUUUAGGUUCAGAAGAAUAUACUUCAGUGUUUUAAUGGCAUUUGGCAUAGCUACUGAUGAAAACUUUGUUAUCACCACAACAAACAGGAAAGAAAUUACAGAAGACAACUUCAGCGAACUUGUUCAAGAUGGAGUGACUUUGUAUCUGCUACAGUCAGUUGAUCAAAUGCUGCUUUCGGCAACAAAGGAGCGAAUUGACUUCCUGCCCCACUACGAUACGCUUGUCAAAAGUGGCAUGUACGAGUACUAUGCCAGCGAAGGGCAAAAUCCUUUGCCAUUUGCCCUUGCUGAGUUGAUUGACAAUUCUCUGUCAGCUACAUCCCGAAAUACUGGUAUUCGGAGCAUACAGAUAAAACUGUUGUUUGAUGAUUCCCACGGAAAACCAGCUGUUGCUGUGAUCGAUAAUGGAAGAGGAAUGACUUCUAAACAGCUUAACAACUGGGCUGUAUACAGAUUGUCAAAGUUUACAAGACAAGGUGACUUCGAGAGUGAUCAUUCAGGAUAUGUACGCCCUUUGCCAGUGCCUCGUAGUUUAAAUAGUGAUAUCUCAUAUUUUGGAGUUGGAGGCAAACAAGCAGUGUUCUUCGUUGGACAGUCUGCAAGAAUGAUAAGCAAACCUGCAGAUUCUCAGGAUGUUCAUGAACUUGUCCUUUCUAAAGAGGAUUUUGAAAAGAAGGAGAAAAACAAAGAAGCAAUAUAUAGCGGAUACAUUCGAAACAGAAAGCCAUCUGAUUCUACUCACAUCACAAGUGAUGAUGAAAGAUUUCUUCGUAAUCUAAUAUUAGAAGAAAGGGAUAAAGAGAGUUUCACAGCAGUUGUCAUUACAGGUGUACAACCAGAUCAUAUGCAGUACUUGAAAAACUAUUUUCAUCUUUGGACAAGGCAGCUGGCACAUAUCUAUCACUAUUACAUCCAUGGACCAAAAGGAAAUGAAACUAAUGCUGUAACAAAAGACAUAAGCCCUUUCAACAACAUCGACAUUCAGAUUUCAAUGUUUGAAAAAGGAAAAGUACCAAAGAUUGUCAAUCUUAGGGAGAUCAAAGAUGACAUGCAGACAUUGUAUAUAAAUACUGCAGCAGAUAGUUUUGAGUUUAAGGCACAUGUUGAAGGAGAAGGUAUAGUGGAAGGCAUCAUCCGAUAUCAUCCCUUCCUGUAUGAUAAAGAAACAUACCCUGAUGAUCCAUGUUUUCCAUCAAAAUUAAACGAUGAUGAUGAUGAUGAAGACUGCUUUAUAGUAGAAAAGGGUGCCAGAGGAAAAAGGCCUAUUUUUGAAUGUUUUUGGAAUGGAAGAUUAAUACCAUACACAACUGUGGAAGAUUUUGAGUGGUGUGCUCCUCCAAAGAAGAGAGGAUUGGCACCAAUUGAAUGCUACAACAGAAUUUCUGGUGCAUUAUUUACCAAUGAUAAGUUCCAGGUCAGCACAAACAAACUCACUUUCAUGGAUCUGGAGCUGAAGCUAAAAGAUAAGAAUACUCUGUUCACAAGAAUCUUCAACGGACAGGAGCAGCGAAUGAAAAUUGACAGAGAAUUUGCUUUGUGGCUCAAAGACUGCCAUGAAAAAUAUGACAAACAGAUAAAAUUCACAGUCUUUAAAGGAAUAACUACACGUACUGAUUUACCGUCCAAAAGAAUGCAGAGCCCUUGGACAAUGUAUGCUGCAAUAGAGUGGGAUGGGAAAACAUACAAAACUGGACAGCUGGUGAAAACUGUUAAGACUCUUCCAAUAUUCUAUGGAAGUAUUGAGAAAUUUUUUUUGUAUGGAGACCAUGAUGGGGAUAUAUUUGCCACUGGAGGAGAGGUUCAAAUUGCUUUGGAACCUCAGGCAUUGUAUGCUGAAAUGAAAACUGUUCCAAUAUCAAAACUUGACAGAACAGUGUCUGACAAAGCUGUUAAAAAAUACAUAGAGGAUGAAAUGGCAAGACUUCCUGACAAAUUAUCAGUAACAUGGCCUGAAGGAGAUGAGUUAUUACCAAAUGAAACAAGAUUUGCUGGUACACCAAUAGGAGCAUUAAGAAUAGAAAUUUUGAAUAAAAAAGGAGAAGCAAUGCAAAAACUUCCAGGUACAAGCCACGGAGGUUCAAAGAAACUUCUUGUUGAACUCAAGGUUAUUUUACAUUCACCUACUGGGAAUAAAGAAAUAAUUUCCCAUAUCAGUCAGCAUGGAGGCAAAUGGCCAUACUGGUUUAAAAAAAUGGAAAAUCUUCAGAAACUUGGGAACUACACCUUGAAACUGCAAGUAGUAUUGAAUGAAAGCAAUGCAGACACUUAUGCAGGAAGGCCUCUACCAUCUAAAACAUUUAAAUUUACUAUUAUAGAGGGCAAACCAGAGAAAUUUUCAGUUGGUCUUUUGGAGCUUCCUUUUCGGGUUGGAGUACCUUUUAAUAUUCCUUUGGAAUUGCAGGAUGAAUUUGGUCAUGCAACACAGCUUACAACUGCCAUGAAACCAAUUCUUGAAGCUAGUGGUUUGUCAUUGCAGUAUGGAGAAGUAACUGCAGGAACAAAGUGCAUCAUUAAGGGUGUCACUGCUAAAGGCUGUAUAAAUAGUUGCCAGGGCAAGAACUUUAAUCUGAAAGUUACUCUUCCUGGUUUGAAAGAAGACACACAAAUCUUUAAAAUAAGAUUGCAGCCUGGCCCUCCUCAUCAAUUGAAAGUAAAACCAGAUUCUGAAAUUCUAAAGAUUGAAAAUGGUACAGCUUUCCCCUUUCAGGUUGAAGUACUGGAUGAAUCAGGAAAUAUAACAGCACAGCCAAAGUUGAUAGUUCAUUGUAAGUUUUUAGGUGCUUCAAACCUUCCUGUGUAUUCUGUGGACUGCAGUAAUGCAGGAACAAACAUUUUAACUGGUCCAGUUAUACAUGUACAGAAUAUCAAGAAAGACCAGUUGCUGAAAGCAAGGAUUGAAAUACUUAGUUGUAAAGAUGUGCCACCAGUGGAAAAGAUUAUUAAACUUCUUCCUAGCAGUCAUGUUGCAAGACUACAGAUCUUAAGUAUGGAUGGACAAAAAGCUAUUCAAAUUAAACAUCAGGAUGAAAUUAAUUGGGUUGCUGGCGAUGUCAUGCACAACCUUAUAUUUCAGAUGUAUGAUGAAGGAGAAAGGGAGAUACACAUAACUCCAGCUAUGGCAGAAAAAAUCAAGGUUAACUGGACACCUAGAAUUAACAGAGAACAGCUGAUUCAGGGAUUAUUACCUGAUGUAAAAGUACCAACAUCAGUAAAAGAUGUUCGUUACUGUCUAAUUACUUAUCUUGAUGACCAUGUGUCUUUGGAGAGUGCGUUCACAGUCAGACCACUUCCUGAUGAACCCAAACACAUUAAAUGUAAAUUAAAAGGACCAAACACACUGCAGAUGGGUGAAGAACUACAAAGUGAAAUUGAUAUAAUGAUUACAGAUCAGUAUGGAAAUCAGGUUCAGACAGUGACAUCUGCAUGUCUAAAUUCCCUAGGAGUUUCUGGGCCUGGACUUGAUAAAUCCAAUUUGAAAAUAACUUGGCAGGAAAGUACUCUAACAAUGAGAGUAAAAGGUAUUCGGUUUAAACCUUGUUUACUUGGAAGCAAAGAAUUGUGCUUCGCUUGGCGUGAAUUUUCCGACUUUCUCAGAGUAAAUUUAACUGCAGGAUCGCCUGCUAAAUUACAAUUUGUGGAUUGGCCAGAGUUAGAAAAGCCUGUUGCAGUGAUUAAUGGUAGAGAAUUGCAGAAGCCCCUUAUUGUUCAGCUGUGUGAUCAGUGGGGAAAUCCAUCUCCUGAACCUAAUGUCAAAAUCAGCCUUAUAAAGGGUAACAACUUAAAGAUUGUUCCUUCAAACCAGCAACUUAAAACAGAUGAAAAUGGUAGGGCUAACCUGGGAGUUAUUAGUAUUCAUGCACCUAGGGGAGAGCACACUUUACAGCUUAAAGCCUUACACAACAAGACCACAUUAGAUUGUCCUAUAAUCACAUUAAAUGUCCUGCCUGAUCCUGAGAAACCUGUCUGCUUGAAUGUUAAAUAUGACAAAAAUGCUUCUUUUCCAGCAGGAGGUACCUUCCCUGAUUUUAUGGUUAGUGUUCUUUCUGAAGAUGACAACAUUAUUAAAAAUAUUAAUCCAGCACGGAUUUCUAUGAAAAUGUGGGAAGCACAGAGCAGUGGAACUAGGAUACCAGUUGAUGUUACAACAUUUAGCUGUAGUAAAGUGAAGGACGACAAAGAAGAUGGUUUCUUCUACUUCAGGGAUAAAGUGGUUCCAGAGAGAGUGGGCACUUACAGUAUCCAGUUUACCUUUGCAAUGGAUAAGACAAAUAUGCUCAGCAGUGACCAGAUUAUAGUUGAAGUUGUACCUAAUGACCCUGUACGCUUGUUACCUGAUUCUUUACCAGCUACUCCAGCAGUUUCCAAUGUUCGAACUCUUACUAGCCGUACACUGGUCAAGGAUUUAUACCUCCAUGUAAUGGAUGAAUACAAUAACCGCACUGGAAUUGAUCUAGUUGGCAGAAUAAUAGCAAAAAUUAAGAGCCCCAGUGAAGAUGACACAGAGAUCCCGCAGUUUCAGGGGAAAGUCAGUACAAUUGAGUUUCCAUUUGACAGAGGAUCAGCUGAAAUUAAUCUAGUGCUGGCUGAAAACAGCCCUGGAAGAGAUAGCAGUGAAUAUAUUCUUGUAUUUGAGCCAGAUCUGCCAGCUUUGAAAAAACCUUUGGAACCAUACUGUCUGUCAUUUAUGUUUUACAAUGAUUUCAAGAAGCAGCAACAGAUGGCAACACUUACAAGGGAGAGAGACCAAUUAUCUCAGUCCAUAGGUGUUUACAGAAAUUGGUUUGAUACUACUAAUCAGCUUGUUACUGAAAUUAAAUGUCAGGUUAAAGAAGCUGAAACAAGAGAAACUCACCUGAAGAACGAACUGAGAAAACACCAGAUUGAAUUACCACAGACAAACACACUUCAGUAUGUGGAUUCUCUUAUAAAACAAAAGAUGUUGGAUCAAGAAAGAGUAAUGAAACAGCCAAGACGAACUUGUACCCUCCCAAACUAUCCAAAAGGCAACCAGGAUAUUUUAGGCAAGAUUGCACAUUUAGCUCAAAUUGAGGAUAAUGAAGCAGCAAAAGUUAUCUCUUGGCAUUUGGCAAGCGACAUGGACUGUGUAGUCACACUGACUACUGAAGCCGCUCGUUCUAUUUUUGAUGAAACUCAAGGUCGACAACAAGUGUUACCCCUUGAUUCUAUUUACAAGAAGACACUCCCUGAUUGGAACAGGCCUUUGCCUCACUUAAGAAAUGGAAAAAUCUUCUUCAGACCUAUUGGAAAUCCUGUAUUUGCCAGAGAUCUGUUAGCAUUUCCAGAUAAUGUAGAGCAUUGUCAAACAGUGUUUGGGAUGCUCUUGGGUGACACUAUCAUUAUAGAUAACUUGGAUGCUGCCAACCAUUACAGAAAAGAGGUUGUAAAAAUUACACAUUGCCCUACUUUGCUGACUAGGGAAGGAGACAGGAUUCGCAGCAAUGGAAAAUUUGGAGGCCUUCAGAAUAAAGCUCCUCCAAUGGACAAACUCAGAGGAAUGGUAUUUGGAGCACCUAUGCCAAAACUUUACUCUACUUUCUCUGGACAGAUAGAUCUUCUUCAGCAAUACCGUGCAGCAGUGGUGAAACUUGAAAAUGUGAAUAAGGACCUUGCUUUACAUUUGCAGUCACUUAACACUCCAGAAAUGCAGAAGAAAAAACAGGAACUUGCCGAACAAGAGAAAAGCCUCAAGCUAAUAGAGCAAAAAUUGGGUAUGACUCCAUCAGAUAAAGCCACUGAAUCAUUACUUCAGCCACAUCAUAUGUUAGAUAUGUCUGACACCCCCAUCCCUCCCAAAAGAAUGCGAAGAGAAACAGUAAAAAAAUUGUAUAGCUCAGAAGAAUGGAUCUCCUCUCCCACAAAGAAGCAGCAGCAACAGCAACUGCUGCAAAUAUCCCCUUCAGAACUUAAUGGGACUCCACGAAAGAGAAAGGCAUAAGACUGAUGAGACUUGCUGAAAAUAGCUAUGUAUUGAAAAUGUGAAUAAAUUCAGUUAAAGGAAAUAUUCAUGUUGUAUUACCCAUUACUAUGAAGAUUUUUAUACUGAUAGAAGAUAUAAAUGUAUUUCAGUUAGUAGUAACAAAAAUUUAAGUAUUUAACAUUGAUAGCGUAAUUUUUGUAUAGUUAAUUUUCAUUUCUAAAAGCUUUCAGAGUUUUUAUGUUCAUGUGUGAAAAAAGUUUAAAGUAUAUGCUUUUUUAUUUAUGAAAAAAUUCAAUCUUUUCAAUAAAA